AAAGAAACCAGAGAGACGUCCUGCGGGUGAAGCUCUCACCACCACCACCACCACCACCACCGCCUGUGUGUUCAUCAUCGAGGGGUGUUUGUGGACGUGAAGGAGGCAGAUCUGACAGAGAGAGAGGAGAGCGGCUUCCAUUGUCCCUGACAUCCACAGGCUCAGGCUCCAGCAGCCUCCCUCACCUCCAGUCAGGCCAGUGAAGUACUACCUCUGACCCAGCUGAGAUGGCUCCCACCCUGGCCACAGCCUUUUCCCGCCGCUGGUGGAUGGCGGUGACGGCAGUCAUCGAGAACCUGCUUUUCUCCGCCGUGCUGCUGGGAUGGGGAUCCCUGCUCAUAAUGCUCAAGUCUGAGGGCUUCUACUCCUACCUGUGCAAAGGGCCGGACAACAGCUCUAGCCUCAACCUCUCCGACACGUCAUUGGAGCCAGCUGAGGAGUACCUGGAGAUGAAUGGCUGGACCAUCUGCAAGGACCAGGACGAGAUGCUGAACCUGGCCUUCACUGUGGGCUCCUUCCUGCUGUCUGCCAUCACCCUACCCAUGGGCAUCGUCAUGGAUAAAUAUGGUCCACGGAAGCUACGACUUCUGGGCAGUGCCUGCUUUGCCUUCUCCUGCCUCCUCAUCGCCUACGGUGCCAGUGAUCCUAACAAUCUGUCCAUCCUGAUCUUCUUUGCUUUGGCGAUGAAUGGGUUUGGAGGCAUGUGCAUGACCUUCACAUCUCUGACGCUCCCCAACAUGUUUGGAGACCUGAGGUCCACCUUCAUCGCUCUGAUGAUCGGAUCCUACGCCUCCUCUGCUGUCACUUUCCCCGGCAUCAAGGUGAUCUACGAUCUAGGUGCCACCUUCAUCACCAUCCUCAUGGUUUGGGCCGCCUGCGCCUGUCUCGUCUUCCUCAACUGCUUCGUCAAUUGGCCUCUGGAGCCCUUCCCCGGCCCAGAGGACAUGGAUUUCACGGUAAAGAUCAAGUUCAGCUGGCUGGGCUUUGACCACAAGAUCACAGGGAAGCAGUUCUACCGACAAGUGACCACUGUGGGACGCCGUCUCAGCGUGGGGAACUCCAUAAAGCAGCAGCAUCAGCAGCCCAAAGACCUGGCCACGCAGGAGGCCAACAAGCUCUGCCUGUCCACCGUCGACCUGGAGGUGAAGUGCCAGGCCAAGGAGGAGACUCAGUCCUUCAUGAAAAGUAUCUUCAGUCCCAUCUUCUUGCUGAGUCUUAUCACCAUGUGCGUGACCCAGCUUCGCCUCAUCUUCUACAUGGGGGCCAUGAACACCAUCCUGGAGUCCCUGACGGAGGGAGACCUCAGCACAGUGAGCGUCUACACGUCCAUCUUUGGCGUGCUCCAGCUUCUGUGUCUGGUCACCUCUCCCGUGAUUGGCUACGUCAUGGACUGGAAGCUGAAAGACUGCGAGGAUGAGAACGAGAAAAGUGUCAAGAGGGAGCCUGGUCAGCCCCGUCGCCCUGCCAAACAGAUUCAGAAGAUCGUCAACGCCACCAGAGCCUUCAUCUUCACCAACCUACUCCUGGUUGGUUUCGGAGUCACCUGCAUUAUCCCUAACUUACCCCUCCAGAUUCUGUCCUUUAUCCUGCACACCAUUGUCAGAGGCUUCAUCCACUCUGCAGUCGGAGGCCUCUAUGCUGCUGUGUACCCAUCCUCACAGUUUGGCAGCCUGACAGGAAUGCAGUCCCUGAUCAGCGCUCUGUUCGCCCUGCUCCAACAGCCUCUCUUCAUGGCCAUGGUGGGACCCCUGGAUGGAGACCCUCUUUGGGUGAACGUGGGUCUGUUGGCGCUGAGCAUGCUGGGAUUCUGCCUCCCCUUCUACCUGCUGUGCCACAGCCGCCACCUCCAGCGCCUCAGAGAUGAGCGCGAUGAGGAUCCCAAGAUCUAUGUCCAGAUCAACAACGGCAGCAAGCCCGAGGCCUUUGUCUAGACCGGGGAGGAAGACGAGCGAUCUACACCACGCGACGAGAAGGAGAGAGGGGAGGGGAGAGUGGCGGAGGUCUUGUGUGAUGAAUUCCUUCACCCUGUCCUCCCUGCCGCUGCAGCACCUCUCUCAGUUCAGACCCCUCACAUUCCACAUAAACACACUUACACUCACACCAUUGUACUGCCAUCAUGGGGUCAGAUGUGACUGCACACCACUGCGGCACACAGUUUCACCCUCUCUGACACUAUAUACUGUGACAAACACACACCUAUUCAAGCCUGCAUCUCCGAACUGAGGAGAGGAUAGACUUAUGGGAGAAAAUGCAGUGUCAGACUUUUUAUACCUCCUCAUACACACCUUUUCUUCACUCCUGUCAUUUUUAUUUUUACACCUGUCACUGACUGGCUUAACCUCUGCCAGUUCUCAAAAGAAAACAACAAGAAGACGCCAGCCAAUGGGAAGCCACAACGAGUAGACAAUUGUAGAAAUAUCUCAGUGACAGUAUUGUUUUAAUGUUUUUAAAGUCACCUCACAGAAACUGACAGUACAGCAGUAACCACGACGACCUUUGCUUUCUCAUCAGUCCAGGUUUGGCUGAUGAUACACAGGAAACUGUCAUCUCCCUCAAAUGGCGCACACACACACACACACACACACAGACACACACACACACACAGACACACACACAGACACACACACACACACGAGAGGCACCCUUGGUUGUUGCAUCUCUGCUUCCUCUUGUGCCUUGAGGGCAUUAACUGAACAGACAGCAGUAUUUGUAGCAGUCCAGACCAGGUUUUUGAUUCAGCACCGACAAGUUAGAAAAGAAAACACUGCAGCAUUUGUGGGUGUGUGUGUGUGUGUGUGUGUGUGUGUGUGUUGCAUAAUGCAGUGUGAGGGAAAGAAAAACUUAGAUAAACUACACAGCAUGACACCAGGCACAGUGCUGGUCCUAUAUUACAGUUUUUAGUCAGACACACACACAUCUUGCCAUGUUGGUCUGUUUCAUGAUUUUUUUUUGUGUUUCAAAAUGUAUUUACUUGCAAUAUGAUCGCAGAUGUAUUGUUGAAUCUUUGUUCCCCUGUACGUGAUCUGAACGUCGACUUGGCAGGUGGAGGGGUGUGUGUUUAGAGCAGGAAGAUGGGACAGAGGUGACAGACAUGAUGAGAGGCGGAGCCUCUGCUUCGUUCUGCUCGCCACGCUUGAUUCAUUGUAGCAAUAAGUGCUUCUGUGAGGUGCUGGGCAACACGUUGACAUACAAUCACACGCAGACAGGUAAAUGUACACUUUAUGGACUGUAUUUUUAAAUCUAAAAGGUGCUAGUUGAAUUACAGAAAUGUGUUUUUCACGUGUUUUCGUUUGUUUUUGUCAUUUUACCACUAAAUGCCAUCAAAUUACUCACAAGAGCUGUUUCUGUGCAACCACAGCAGCAGCUCUGGGACUUGAAUUCACCUUUCACAGACACAAAGGGAGAUUUUCUUGAUGGUAGCAGGCUGAUAAAGACACGUUCUCGGUGUAACGAGACUCAACACAAGCAUGGAGUGUGCCGAGACGUCUGAUUCAACCUGCUGCCUUCAAGUGCCAUACAGAAAAACGCUCCUCAGAUAUUCUUUCCUGCCUGGCAGUAACUCACAGAGGCACUUCCAAAGACAGCCAUGACCCUCAGAGUGCCUCUCUAUGUGUACAGAUGAUGGGAGGAGUGGAUCCAGGCAGGAUGUGGCACACCCAGUCCCACUCUCCCUCCAUCUAUCACUUUCAUCCACCCAUAUGUCUGCAAACAUGUCUUGAAAUGUUUACUGAUGACAGGUGACAGAGCUGAGAGACAAGCCUCUGUCGCCAUCAGGCGCUACCGAUGAAUGACUAAGUGAGAAACGAAUGGCACACGAUGCACUUUAGACUUCUAGAAAUGGACCUCAGUCAUGUAUAUCUGAGCGGCCUGUCCCACGCCCCAAGUGCAUGGCUUACGGAUGGCUGCAUGAUGUAAAGAAUGUAUACUCAGAGCUUCAGAUGCAGGUUUUUAAUCCAGAACAUGGGAAAGAUGCUGUUAUUUUUUAUAUUCACAGAAAAAAACUAUUGCUUCACAUGUUCGUUAUAUCGCCUUUAUGUGCACGGACAGUGUGGCAGAGGCUCGUCUCUCAGCUCUUUCGUAAACGUGGACGUACCAAUCAGAGUUGUAGACAUCUGUAAUUCAAAUGUUUGCAUGAAAAUCUAAAUUCCCAUUCAUACAUUUCUGUGCGUGCCUGCAAAAUGGUUGUUGAAGACAAUUAAAAAUAAAAGUGAUGCAUAUUUAUGCAUUGGUCAUAGAUUUUUGGCAGACAUUAAAGUCCUGAGCAAAGUCUAUGACCAAAACUUUGGAUUUAAAAUCAGCUCAGACAGAUAGUUAUCAUCACAUUCUUUAUCCAAACAUUUACACUGUAUCUCUAAAGUGCAAAUCUCAUCAAGAAUCAAGAACAGACACUUAUCCAGGUUUCUGUUGUAGGGGGCAGCAGACUCAGUAAGGUAGCUCAGAUACCCAGCUCUGCCUGGGGCAUGAACUGGAGAAAGAAUCUCCAGGAGUUGGGGGAGAGGAACACUGUAAUGCAUGCCCCUACGUUACACAGAUGUUUUGUACUUGAGAGAUACAACGAUUCAAAUUUGUGCACAGAAAUAUGUUUUCCACUUCACAAAACAAAACUUAAGUACUGCACUAAUUUCACUCCGUAGAGUGUAUCUCUUGUAGUGUGCUGGUGUGUCUUGUAACUAAUAUUCCUGUGAUUUGACAUGAUGUGAUGACAGACGGGUACAGAUAUACAGAUGCUUUAGUCCAGCUCGCUCUAUGAAUGUGGAUGAUGAUGGACGUCGAUUUUUUCAUUUGCCUGGUGACUCAUGCCAAAAUCAGCUCACAAGCAUCCGUGAACUGACAUCACGCGAAACAUGGUGCGAUAACUCUGUCUGUGAUGAGUUACCGGGUGACAUCUUCAUCAAAAUGGGAGACCAAUCAGCACUUUCCUUCACUGCCAUACCUUAAACAGCUCACUCUGUCCCCAUCACCUCCCCUUGUCUCACCCCAACCUCCUAGGAUAGAGUUUCUACAGUAGUUUGAUUUAUUGAUUGAUGUAUUCAUUGAUUGUUUAUUCUCUGCAGAUGAAUCCUAGCUCUUGGGUGUUUUUGCGUGAUGCUGGUGUGUGACUAGAACACAGACGCCUUGUUUCCCCUCCCCUGGCAUGUACCCUUUUUGUAUUUUUUCUACCUACCAUGCUCCAUUUUAGCUUUGUUAUCUUUUAUUAAGCUUUCUGUUUGUUCCUCCUGAUGUUUACGAGAAUGUGUAUUUUUUAUCGUCUUAUACUGUAUAUUUGGUUUUCUUUUGUCUCGUGCCACAGUAUAGCCAUUAUCAUUGACAUUUCAAGUCAUGUUGUUUGAAAUGAAAGGAGAAAAAAAAAGACAGAUCAAUAUAUGAAGCAAAAUAAACACAAUAAUUUGUA